AUGUUCUAUUGCUAUUCAAGGAUUUUCAAGCACCUCAGGCGAAGAACGCAAGCAAGAAUCAGAAAAAUGAAUGAGCGAUCAUUGAUUUUGACGGCGUCAAUGCCCGUACUGACAACGGUGAAGCGAAAAAUGGACGGUCAAAUGGACAUGCUCGAACAGUGUCGACAACGAUGCAUUCUGCUUCGAAAGACUCGUCGAAAUACGGUAGUGUUGGUGCUGAUGGUGUUGUUCUUCUUCAUCUCAUGGUUCCCACACAACGUCGUUUCCAUGGCUUUGGAAUUCACCGAUGGCGAAGCGUUUCUCAUUCACGAUACAGACUACUCAUAUCUCGCCAGCCUCAUGUCCCAC